AUGGCCGACACCGUCAACCCCCAAGAAUCGCCUCGAUCGCCGUUUCAGGCUGGCGUCCGAACUGAUGGCCGCGCCUUCAACUCCCCCAACUGGCGCAUGAAGAGUGUCGAAAGCCCGCAACCGUCGUCGCCCUCGCCGUCGCGCACCAACACCUCCCGCGCAGCCUUCAGCAAGCCCGCUCCGCACGUCCCGCAGGCCAUCUCCGAGGGCCGGCGCCUGUAUGUAGGCAACAUGCCGUACACAGCCAAGGCGGAGGAUGUGGAGGCCUUUUUCACUGCCGCGCAGUUCCCGAUUGAGCGCAUUGACAUCGCCCUCGAUCCGUUCACCGGUCGGAACCCGUCAUACUGCUUCGUCGACCUGGAGAGCAAGGAGCAAGCGGAGAAGGCCAUGGCCGAGCUGGAUGCGAAGGAGUUGCUCGGUCGUGCGCUGAGAAUCAAGCCCGGGGUCGUCCGGUCGUCGGCGGAUCAGAAUUCGCGCUCACCUUCGACUACCUCUCCCUCUGGCACUGUGGAUCGCUGGCGCCGGCAGGAGAACACCAGUUUUGCUAAGAUAAACAGCGACUCGAGCCAGCGGGUGUAUGUUGGUGGAUUGCCGCGUCUCAGCGAGUUGGAGACACUGCAGAGCCAGAUCCGGAGCUUCUUUGACGGAUAUACUGUGGAGAAUGUCAGCAAGCUAUUCACCCCGCACCCGGCGAAGCGAUUUGAGCCCGGCGAGCAUUACUAUCUGUUUGUUGAUCUCAGCAGCGUGGACGAAGCCCAGCGGGCGAUGGAGGAGCUGAAUGGUGCCGAGGGACCCUGGGGAGGACCACUGCGGGUGCAGCGAGCCCGGGGUGGGAAUAACAGCAGUAAGGAGAGUGAGGAGUGA